GAGAGAAGCACGCGCAUCGACCGGCUCCUGCAGCCGGAUGCUCUCCUCCACAUCUGACGUAUUUCACCUUCUUCCUUAGAAUUAAGUGCGUGGAACAACACGCAGCGUUUUGACGGAAUAGCUCGCUACACUUCGCCACAGACGCAGAUGGACACCGCCGCCGCCACCGACACAUGACUGGACGAAAGCAGCUCUUCCUCCCCUGAGACCGACGCGAUGUCCGAACCUCCGAGUUUCUAGUUUCCUCUCCACUCUCUCUCUCUCGCCCCUUGUUUCCCCACUGGACUCGUCGGAUUUAAGUUUUUUUUUUCCUGUGUCCGUUUGAAAUGACAGAAAUAAGCGAGAAGGAGAACGAGCCACAGAACAGAGACCUGCACCGACCGCUGCCCAGCCACCAGGAGUCCAAGUUGCAGCGGCUGAAGCGCUCCCUGUCCUUCAAGUCUGUCAUGCGCAGUAAGAGCAUGGACAACUUUUUCCAGCGUAAUGGCGAAAUGCGCCUGCCCUCGGCCCUCAUCACAACACCACAACAACCACCACCACCUCCGCAGUCUCCUCCACCCUUCUCCGAGUGCCCCCCGGCCUAUGAGCACUCCCCCUCCCAGUCCCCGUUGGUCAGUCCCAACCCUUCAUUGACGUCUCACUCGCCUUCAAUCAGUCCCUCGCUGUCCGUCACCUCCACAGCCCAGCCAAAGACUCAGGCCCAGCCGGUGCAGCCAGGGAAGACGCACUGCUUCCAGGAGCAUGUCUUCCGUAGGCUUACCUGCUGCCAGAGAUGCAAACACAUGAUCCAAGGAAACUCCAAGCAGGGCCUGCGCUGUAAAGCCUGUAAACUGGCGGCCCAUCUCUGGUGCUCGUCUGAGCUCUCCCAGCAGCCCUGUAAUGGAAAGUCAGGAGCUUUCAAGAGAAACUUCAGCUCUCCCCUGCUGACCACCGAUCCGCUGGGUGUGGUCAGAGAGGCGCCCGCCGCUCAGGAGGCGGAUAACGGCAGCGUUGACCCCGUGUACGAGGCGCUGCGCUACGGGACCUCGCUGGCUCUGAUGAGUCGCUCCAGCUUCGGCAGCAUCUCAGAGUCGCCUUGUCACGAGGCAGAGAAACCACAAGACAAACUCGAGAACCAGCCGAUUGCUGAAGAGGAACAAAUACCAGGAAUGCUCACCCCUCCUGAAAGCGAGAAAGCUGAUUCCGAAGACAGGGUCAGCCUGAAGACUCCCAAACGAGUGGAGGUCCACUCCGUCCACACCUACGUGGCUCUCUACAAGUUCCUGCCUCAGGAGAAGAACGACUUGGAACUACAGCCUGGUGACAGAGUUCAAGUCACAGAGGACUCCAACGAGGACUGGUGGAAGGGGAAAAGCAGAGACAAGGUGGGAUAUUUCCCGGCCAACUUUGUUCAGCGGGUUCGCCCCGGCGAGCGGGUGUGGAAGGUCACCGAUGGUUUCCACGGCAACCGUGACAAGGGCCAGAUGACUGUUAAAGAGGCCCAGAUCUGCGUGGGGAAGAACGAGGACAUUGACGGUUUCCACCGGCUGACGAGCGGGAAGAAGCGAGGCCUGGUGCCCGUGAAGUACCUGCUGGAGAUAUGAUGGCGGCGCGCUUCUCCUCGACGCUCGGUUUGAUAGAGAGGUUCACUGUAAUGGAGGAACGCUCAGGAGUGUUUAGCCAACAUCUCGCUGACCGGCCAACCACACAACCCCCCCACCCCUCCAAAAGAGUGGCAGUGAAGAAGCAGCAGCAGCUUGCGUGGACAACGACCCACAAUACGGCUUUUUACUGCAGGAGGAUUUUAAAAGGUUGGAAGGAGGGGCGCCUUCUUUUAGAGUUCCUUACGGCUACUUUUUUCCUGUAGCACAACUUGACUUUGUGGGGUUUACGACCCCUUCACAAACAAAAUGUAGCAUCACGUAGAAGAGGAGAAGAGUGCAGGAAGUCCGGCUACCUCACUACACAUCUCCAUUGGCCAAUGCGUCUGCAAAUAAAGGGAAGACGACGACGACUAUAUUAUGAUGUCAAGGCGUGGAGGCCUUUGGGACUUUGUGAGCAAACUGUCUUCAUUUCAUUGUCCAUGUAAAGAAAACAAGACGCAAAAGAGAUCGUGAAAGAUUGUAGCUGUUUAUCGUAGUCGCUUGUGCAAACAUGUCACGGUUGGUUGUCUCAAACCCUGCAACAGAUCCGGGUUUGCAGAGUCAGCUGAAGAAAUAAACCCACGAGACUGCAGCUCACGAUGCGCUGAUGUGAUGUGGAGUCACGAUGUGUCGCUCUCACCAGGAAACGACUCAGGUAUUACAUCACGUCAAAUUUGAGUCCACUCUGCUCGGUUUUGGUCAAAUGAAAGUCACGACCCACUCGCCGCAUUUCAGUCUGCUCCCCCGGUGAUUAGAUUACUUUGCAGUUUUGCUCCCCGCAGCACGGAUGUGAUAAAUGCUUUCCCUGCACCUCUGGGGAGCUUCUCUCUCACUAUGCCCUUCAGUCACACUUGCAGAUUGGUGUAGUUCACUCUGUUCCAUGUAACUCUUAAAAAAAAGAAUCUGGUCGAUAUAUUCUCUGCGUUGUUUAUCUGUAAUGUCCUGUGAUGCUCGCUGUCAUGUGCGGUUGUGUGCUGCAACAUGACGACGGUGCGCUGUCUUGACUUUCUGAUGCUUUCCUUCCGGGGAAGAACGGAGCAAAACUAAAGUUAUAAUAAAAAUGUCGGUAAUUCAGGUUGAUCAAUUAAAAACCAAACCCAGUGUCAUCUCAGAAGGUCGCGCACCUGUCAAGACAAAGUGUUGCAUUUUUGGGAUAAAUGGCAGCGGCGACUCCUCCUCCCAGCACACCAGGUUAUUUUUAAAUAACACUGCAGAAGGACUGUUAUUUUUUAGGUGAUGAAAAGCAAAAUCACACCAUUCGAUUUAUUGCUCUGUUCCUAGAAACCAUGAGGCAGCGUCAAACUGCCUUUGCUGUGGCAAUAAUAUGUAAAUAACAAUAUGACAGUAUUUGUAAAUAUCCUUAUAAAUAUAUUCUAUACUGAGUCUGAGUAGCUCUCUGAUAUCCAAGAGCUUUGCAGAUAUCCAGUAGCCAGGUAAGGGCAUUAACCUCACAGUUAUAAAUUACAUUAAAUUAUUAUUUAUUGUCCCACUUAUCAAUGUAUGCAUCUCUAUGCUCGAUUAACAUUAGCCCUGUUAGCACAAAUCUUUUUAAAUACUAUGCACAACUAGGCACUCACUUUAUUUUGUACUCCGCUUAUUUCCAGUUGGCACAUGCAUAUCUAUGUCGGUGUAUAUCUGUGCUUUUUGCAUCGUGGAUAAAGAUUCCAGCGUCGGGGUUUUUGCAGCUUUUACAAAAUGUCCAUCUCAGUUCAUUACCUUCACUGGAUAGAACCAAGAUUGGCUCAGGAUCAGUAUUCCCAGGUAAAUUCCCUUGCACACCACCAGGCUAGUUCUCUGCAUGGCGAGCUGCCCUGUGACCCGCACAUCUCUCUCAAUAAAGGCAGAUGAACUCUC